GCGGCGGGUCUGGUUAACACAGACAGCGCCGCCGUGACACUCACUCGGCCCUGCAGUGUCGCGGAGAGGCAGGAGCAGCGCGCAGCACCUGUCCGCGCGGAGCCGGAGCCGGAGCCGGAGCGGGAGCCGGAGCGGAGCCCGCGCGGGCGGCAGGGGGACCCGAGGCGCGCGCGCCAGCCACUGGGCCCGGCCCGCCGGGGCGCGGGGACAAUGCGGACUGGGUAGACAUGAGCCAGCGCGAGCUCAGAUGUUGGAUCUUUGCUGGGAAAAACGUGUGGGUACGACCUUGUGGAAGAAUCAUUUUUAAAACCUUGCUUUAUACGGCUCUUCUUGGCUCUUACUCAACUGUCCAGGCUGCCCCCAAGUGUAGCUCCAGCGCUGUGAAGUUUCAAGGGUUGGCAGAGGGGACCGGGGAAACCAUGAAAAUGGACAUGGAGGAUGCGGAUAUGACUCUGUGGACAGAAGCUGAGUUUGAGGAGAAGUGUACCUACAUUGUGAAUGACCACCCCUGGGAUUCUGGUGCCGAUGGAGGGACUUCCAUUCAGGCAGAGGCAUCCUUACCAAGGAAUCUGCUUUUCAAAUAUGCCACCAACAGCAAAGAGGUUAUUGGAGUAGUAAGUAAAGAAUACAUACCAAAGGGAACACGAUUUGGACCCCUAAUAGGUGAAAUCUACACCAAUGAUACAGUUCCCAAGAAUGCCAACAGGAAAUACUUUUGGCGGAUCUAUUCCAGAGGGGAACUCCACCACUUCAUAGAUGGCUUUAAUGAGGACAAAAGCAACUGGAUGCGCUACGUGAAUCCAGCGCACUCUGCCCGGGAGCAAAGCCUGGCUGCGUGUCAGAACGGGAUGAACAUUUACUUCUACACCAUUAAGCCCAUUCCUGCCAACCAGGAACUUCUUGUGUGGUAUUGUCGGGACUUUGCAGAGAGGCUUCACUACCCUUAUCCUGGAGAGCUCACCAUGAAUCUCACACAAACACACGGCAACCCAAAGCAACCAAGUACUGAGAGAAACGAACUUUGCCCAAAGAAUGUCCCAAAGAGAGAGUACAGUGUGAAAGAAAUCCUAAAAUUGGACUCCAACCCCUCGAAAGGGAAGGACUUCUACCAUUCGGACAUGUCACCCUUGACUUCAGAAAAGGACAUGAAUGACUUCAGAAAAACCAGGAGCGCCGACAUCCCCUUGUACCCCAAAGUAGUCUACCCCAUCCGGGCCCCUCUGCCGGAAGACUUUUUGAAAGCUCCCCUGGCCUAUGGGAUGGAGAGACCAACUUACAUCACUCACUCCCCACUCCCAUCCUCCACAACUCCAAGCCCCUCAGCAGGAAGCAGCCCCGAGCAGAGCCUCAAGAGCUGCAGCCCUCACAGCAGCCCAGGCAACACGGUGUCCCCCCUAGCUUCGGGCCCUCAAGAGCAUCUGGACUCCUACACCUACCUGAAUGCGCCCUAUGGCACCGAAGGCCUGGGCUCUUACCCGGGAUACAGCCCCGCCCCCCACCUCCCGCCAGCUUUCAUCCCCUCUUACAAUGCUCACUACCCCAAGUUCCUCUUGCCCCCGUAUGGCAUGAAUUGCAAUGGCCUGAGCGCCGUGAGCCACAUCAAUAGCAUCAACAACUUUGGCUUGUUCCCCAGGUUUUACCCCGUGUACAGCAACCUCCUCGGCGGGGGCAACCUGCCUCACUCCAUGCUCAGCCCAGCCUCUCUCCCGAGUUCGCUGCCCUCAGAUGGAGCCCGGAGGCUGCUUCCCCCUGAGCAUCCCAGAGAGGUGCUUGUCCCAGCUCCCCACAGUGCCUUUUCCCUCACCGGGGCCGCCGCCAGCAUGAAGGACAAGAUGUGCAGCCCCACCAGUGGGUCUCCAACGGCGGGAACGGCAGCCACGUCAGAACACGUGGGUCAACCCAAAGCUACCUCAGCAGUGAUGGCAGCCCCCAGCAGUGACGAAGCCAUGAAUCUCAUUAAAAACAAGAGGAACAUGACGGGCUACAAGACACUUCCCUACCCACUGAAGAAGCAGAAUGGCAAGAUCAAAUACGAGUGCAACGUCUGUGCCAAGACGUUUGGCCAGCUCUCGAACCUGAAGGUCCACCUGAGAGUGCACAGUGGAGAACGGCCUUUCAAGUGCCAGACUUGCAACAAGGGCUUUACUCAGCUCGCCCACCUGCAGAAACACUACCUGGUACACACGGGAGAAAAGCCACAUGAAUGCCAGGUCUGUCACAAGCGAUUUAGCAGCACCAGCAAUCUCAAGACCCACUUGCGACUCCACUCGGGAGAGAAACCUUACCAGUGCAAGGUGUGCCCUGCCAAAUUCACCCAGUUUGUGCACCUGAAGUUGCACAAGCGACUUCACACCCGGGAGCGGCCCCACAAGUGUGCCCAGUGCCACAAGAGCUACAUCCACCUCUGCAGCCUCAAGGUCCACCUGAAGGGGAACUGCCCUAUGGCCCCCGCCACUGGGCUGCCCGUGGAGGACCUGACCCGAAUCAAUGAAGAAAUUGAGAAGUUUGACAUCAGUGAUAAUGCUGACCGGCUUGAGGACAUGGAGGACAACAUCGAUGUGACCUCUGUGGUGGAAAAGGAAAUUCUGGCCGUGGUCAGAAAAGAGAAAGAAGAAACGGGCCUGAAAGUGGCUUUGCAAAGAAACAUGGGGAAUGGACUUCUCUCCUCAGGGUGUGGCCUCUAUGAGUCAUCAGACCUGUCCCUUGUCAAGUUGCCUCACAGCAACCCACUACCUCUGGUACCUGUAAAGGUCAAACAAGAAACAGUCGAACCAAUGGAUCCUUAAGAUUUUCAGAAAACAAGUAUUUUGUUUCAUUUCUUAAGUUAUGACUUGGCGAGUCAGGGUGCCUGUAGCAAAUUACUCGUGGGUGAUUCCAGACCUGCAAAGCUCUCCUGACAGCUGGUGGUUUCUCUCACGUCUCUGGAAUUAAAGGACUCCAAAGUUACUGAAAUCUCAGGGCAUAAAUGAGACAAAGACUCUUUCCCAAUAUAUAUAUCUCUCUCUCUAUAUAUAUAUAUGUAUACAUAUUAUAUAUACUUAUUUACACCUAUGUCUAUAUAUUUGAACCCGUGUAUUUUGAAUAUUUGUGUGGAUAUGUUUGCAUAGCCUUCCCAUACUAAGACUAUUAUUGCCUAGCCAUAAUUAUUUUUUCAAUGAUAAUUCUUCAUAAUUUAUUAUACAGUUUAUCAUUCAAAAAGCAAUAAUUAAAAAAAGUUUACAAUGACUGGAAAGAUUCUUUGUAAUUUGAGUACAUAUGUUGUAUUUUUGUCUUGUGGCCAUUCUUUGUAGAUAAAUUUCUGCACAUCUGUUUAAGUACGUAAAAUUUAGUAGCCAAAUACAUGAUGUCAGUCAACCUCUAUACUGUUGGUUUGAAAAUGAGGUUUUGGUAUUGCCAAAGUUAGAUGUCUGGUGUGUUAAUUCAUGGGAUCGAAUCAUUUGAACAGCAUUGUAUAACUUUGAGGGUAUGUGUGCAGAAUUACCCAGUUAUAACUUGAAUAGAAAGAACAGGAAAAGGAAUUUCCCAUGUUUCUGUUGAUAGUUCUAUUUUUUUUUUUUAAUGGCCACAAUUUUACCAAAAAGGUGACAGGAAUGCUUUGCCAACCUGUUCCCAAAAACAGUUGGGUCCUCCCACCAUCAGAGACAUAGGGCCAUUCAGACCGGGCACGUGAUUUUUGCAUCCCAAUGUAUUACUGAAAAUGUGAAGAAGACAAAAUGCCAUGUGUAAAACCACUGAGAAAUUGUUCCAAAGCACAGGUGGUUUUGUAUGUGUGAGGUUUGGGGGCUUGAG